UGAAAACAAAAAACUGAGGACUAGGAUUAUCUCUCUUGAAAAGAGGCUUGAAGAGGAAUCUAUUGAACACAGUCAACACAUUACUCAGCUGAAUGCCAAGUUGCAGGAUCUGCACUAUAGGCUUCAAUCAGCUGACAAGAAGAAAGAAGAUGAAAUACAGAUGCCAAAACAACUCCAUGAACAAGAGACGAGAGAUCUGGCAAGUAAGCUUGAAUGCUAUGAAUCAAACGAGAAGUGGCAAAUAACUACAAUACAGGGGCUUAAAGCAGACCUUGCAACACAACACAGGAAAAAUGUCGCCCUUAUUGAGAGGUUUCAACAGAUGGGAUGUCAUGAUUUUGAUCAGUCACUCCCACAAUCAAUGUCGCCUCCAACCAUUUCCCAAAAAGGACAGACUACCUCAAAAACCAGCAUACCCAAGAGAUUUGUAAACAAAAAUCCUGCUACAAAGCGAUUCCCCACUCAUGACAAUGAAGGAAUAUCAGCCUCUACUGCCAAGAGGCCUGUUACACAACCCCCUAACAGACCCCCCAAAGUACCUUCAAGGAGCCCCCCAAAACCAUCCCCAAGAAAAUAUAUCAAUAGUUCCAAGCAGCUCCCAACAACUGUCCAUAUAAUGUACUCCUCAAAUGGGAAGAAACUAUCAGGUAUGAUGCACAAUAGAUCAAAGGGGAAAAACAUGAAAGUGACCUCAUCAGUGUAUAGUGGUGCUAACAUCGAAGAUGCCACCCGUAUCAUACAACAAGGUGACAUUGGCAAAUCAACAGAUCACAAAUUCCUAGGUUUUGGAACAAACAACGUUAAAGUUGACUCUGCUCAAACCAUUACUUACGAGUUGAAAAAUCUGGCAAUUACAGCUCAAAACCAGCACCCAACAUCCAAAAUAACUCUAUGUGGACUGCACCACAGGGCAGAUCAUCCCAAUCCUCAGGAAGUGAAACAAAUGAAUAUGAAAAUAGACCAAGUCAAUAGAGAGAUGGAGUCUUUUGCCACGAAGAAAGGCUUUCAUUUCAUUAACAUCAACAGAAUUAACGAUUCAACAUCACUGGACCCUAACAUGAAUGUACUAUAUAAUGACAAACUCCACUUUAACUUCACUGGAAGAACUCGGUUGGUAGAUGCAAUGUUGUCUAUCAUUAACUCAACACACAACUCCUAUGCAGAGGCAGUAAGCAUGGGAAACUCUCGCAAAUCUCGAACUGGACUGAAGUUAUAA